GAAAAGAAACAGUAAAGAAACAGCAAUUGCGCUUGAAAAACUGUUGCCAAAGCGAUGUCAGGUUCUCGGACUGGUCACCCCGGGGAUUGUAGUUACCCCUAUGGGUUCAAGCAGCAAUCAGCCUCAAGAAAUUGAAGAGGGUGAAGCUGGAUUUGCUCUGUUGUUUCCCAAAAUUGAUGGGGUGAAAAUUCACACCUUCCAUUUUUCUAAAGACUUGAAGAACAGGGUCUUUGAUGAAAGUAAAUUUGCUGAAGCAGGUCUGAAGAAUAACCCAGAUCUCCGGGUGGUUCUUCUGUUUGGCUACAACUCCUGGAAGUCUGGAGCUACUCGAUUUCUUCAUCAAAUAGUCAAUCCUUUGAAUGAGAAAAGCAUCAUCCUGGCAGGGGGACAAGUGGAAAGCUUUACAUCACUGACCUCUGAGAAUCACAGUGCCCAGCCCGGUGAUGCCUGCGGUGUGGUCGGGCUGGCUUUCAGCGGUCCCCAGAUCCAGAGCGCCACUGUUUUGUUAGACCAGGAUGUAGCUGAUGAGAGGACAGCAGAAGCCGCCAUGCAGCGUCUCAAAGCAGCAAACAUCCCCGAGCGUAACACCAUUGGCUUCAUGUUUGCGUGUGUUGGCAGAGGAUAUCGGCAUUAUAAAACCAAAAGGAAUAUGGAAGCAGAUGCAUUUAGGAAGUUUUUUCCAAACGUUCCCCUCUUUGGCUUUUUUGGACAUGGGGAAAUAGGAUGUGAUCGAAUAGUUACUGGGAAUUUCGUAUUGAGAGAAUGCAAUGACAUAAAGGAUGACCUGCUUCAUGGUUACACUACCGUUAUGACUCUUAUUCAUCUUGGUUCAGCUAAAGCAAACCAAGCGUAAAUGUGGUUUUAAUGCUUCAGUGAGCUGUUUGUUUCAUUCCAGAAAGCUGAGAAGACUGGAGGAGUGGACAUCUUGCAAUCAAAGCCCCUUCCAAAAUGUAAACGUUGUUUUGGUAAUAUUAUCAAAUCUUGUAGUUGGAAUAGAGUUUAAUAUAAUAGCUGUGAGAAAGCUUUGUAUUUUGUACACAUCAGAAUUGCAGAUAAAUGAUUUUUGAUGGAAUUCUGCAAUUGAAGAAAGCCUCUUUCUUCCAAAAUGAGAAUGGUUU